CGUUCUAGUCUAGUCACUUACAUCUUCCGGAGCGGCGUUGGUCGACCCCGCACCGAAGACUGAUCUCCCUCCACCCUUGACAAGCCAAACAUUCAAUUCUGUCUCUUUCAAAUCGGCCAUGUUUGACUCAGGAAUAACCCUGCACUUUAUUCUCCAGCCAGUUCCAUUUCAAUCACACAGGUGCGUGUGAGACGUCUGUCUCUGCCCGCUCUGAGCUCUCCCUGAUGGGCGGCUGGUCCCGCAGUGCUGUGCUGCAGCUGUACCGAGCACUGCUCCGUGCAGGCCAACACCUACAGUACACAGACCGUGACUACUACCGGCGCACAGUGACCCGAGAGUUCCGGCGCUGUCAGACCCUCAGCGCCCCAGCAGAGAGGGAGGACGCACUGAAGAGAGGCCAGUUCUUCCUCAACAGCGGGCUGGGCGGGUUGGUGUAG